AUGGCUCUAACCUCUAUGUCUGCAAACUCUCUCAAAGAGAUCAAAUUCAAUCUCCAAAUGCAACUGAAAAAUAAAGGCCAAAACAGCACCAAAGCCUUACGAAAAAAGUUUGUCCAGUACGAUUUGGAUAAAAAUACUUCCCUUGAUCGUGAAGAAUUCGAACAAUUUUUGACAUCAAGCGGUCUUUUCCUUUCACGAAUGGAUGUAAACUACCUUAUGAGGCAUUUUGAUAGUAUUUUUUAACUUACUUCCCCUAUAAAUGGAAAAAAAUAUAUUAAUCUUUAUCGUAAAAUUAAUAAUUUAUAGGCCAAUUUAAUAUAAAUUUUAUAAUUAAUUAUGAAAAAUGAGAGAAAAAUAUUUUUUUUUUUAAAAUCUAACCCUUUAAAUUGGAUCAGGAUUUUUUGCUAGAAGAGUUAGAAAAUAAGGAUGGCACUUUGAGUUUAUCUGAAUUUAUUGAUGGAAUAGUCCCCGAGCUGAAUUCUAGACGAUUAAAUAUCGUCCAGCAAGUCUGGGAAAAGCUUGAUAGAAAUGGUUCAAAUUCUAUCACCCUGGAUUUUCUGUAUAACAGUUAUCCUAAAUUUUAUAAAUUUUGUAAACAAUUUUGUCCACAUAAUUAUUCAAUUAUCUAUAAAAUAUACACUCAUCAUUAUUUUCAAUUAAAAAAAUUAAUUAUAAUAGUCAUAUAAUGUAAGAAACCAUCCUGACGUUGCAAGUGGCCGUAAAACUGAAGAAGAAAUAAUCUCAAAAUUUUUAGACGCCUUUGAUGCUAGCGAAAAAGGCCCAAAUGGAAUUAUAACUCAGCAAGAAUUUUUCUUUACAUAUAGAGAUAUUAGCUCAAGCUACCCACACGAUGACGAAGCAUUUGUGUCAAUGAUGGAAUGUGUUUGGAAUAUAGGAGAACAGCAUCAGGUUAAUGCUGGGGAUUUGGCGACUGUUGAGACUAUGCUGAAAGAUAAAGUCAGAUUGAGAAUGAUAGGGAAUGAAACUGAGGAACAAGCGUUAUUACGGGUUUUUAAGUUUGUAGAUAUUGAUGAUAAUGGCUACUUGACGAGAAAUGAAUUUCAUGAAGCUCUAGCAAGAAUUGGGGUAAAUUUAUAUAGAUCGUUAUAAUGUUUUUAUAGCCUUCUAGUCUUUUCUGAUUUAUUUUAAAAUAAAUUCUUUAUCAAGGUAAAUUUUUAUAAAAAUUUAAAAAAAAAAUUUUUUGAAAAAAUUAACCCCAAAUUUAUCCCCUGAACUUUUGAAUGCUUUCUUCCAAAAAUAUGACAUCGACAGGUCCAACUCUAUCGAUUACCUCGAAUUUUGCAGAUCAAUUGGAAAUAUUGAGUCACAUAUAUUCACCCAAAGCAUUUCUCAUUCUUUCCAUAGUUAA